AAAUGCACUUCCUGUUGUUUUGACACAGAUAAAACUUGCUGGAUCUGGAAGUGCGUAUUGGACUAUUUAGUUUGUGAAGACCUUGAUCCAUUACGUUUGAAUUUUAAAAUUUUUGUGUUUCUUCACAAAAUUUGCGCUAUUGCAAAAAGAUGCGCCGCUCUGUGUUCAGACUACAGAAACUGAAGCCUCAAAAAGCGGUUAACUCAAAUGUCCUUGGACAUCAUGUUUGCAGCUUUCACACUUCAUGUACACGCCAAAGGGUUUUAACUCUGGAUACCAUGAAUCCGUAUGUCAAAAAUAUGGAGUAUGCUGUCCGAGGACCCAUUGUAAUACGGGCAGGAGAAAUCGAGGCGGAGUUAAAAAGUGGUGUCAUAAAGGAUUUCAAGGAUGUUAUAAGGGCAAAUAUUGGGGAUUGUCAUGCAACUGGUCAAAGGCCAUUAACUUUCCUUAGGCAGGUUGUAGCCCUGUGUACAGACCCUGACCAUUUGAUGAGGAACCCAGAGUACCCAGAUGAUGCUAAGGAGAGGGCUAGAAGAAUCUUAAAUGACUGUGGGGGAAACAGCAUAGGUGCCUACAGUGACAGUGCUGGUGUGAGGGUGAUUCGAGAAGACAUUGCUAAAUACAUCAAAGAGAGAGAUGGACACCCCUCUAAUCCUGAUGACAUUUUCUUAUGUACAGGAGCAAGUGAUGGCAUAAAGACAAUAAUGAAACUAUUGAUGACUGGGAAAGAUGGAGCAGAGAGGGCAGGAGUUAUGAUUCCUAUCCCUCAGUAUCCACUAUAUACUGCCACAAUAGCUGAAUAUAAUGCCUAUCCAAUCAAUUAUUACCUAGAUGAAGAUAAUGCUUGGUCAUUACAUGCAUCAGAACUCAGAAGAUCUCUUAACGAGGCUCGUAAACACUGUAUACCAAGAGCACUAGUCAUCAUCAACCCAGGCAACCCUACUGGUCAAGUUUUAUCCAGAGCAAAUAUUGAAGAAAUUAUCAAGUUUGCCAAGGAGGAGAAUCUCUUUUUGAUGGCCGAUGAGGUAUACCAGCACAAUGUGUAUGCAGAAGAGUCAACUUUCCACUCGUUUAAGAAAGUCCUGAUGGAGAUGGGGCCAGAAUACAAGGACAUGGAGCUGGCCUCCUUCAUGUCCACCUCUAAAGGUUUCAUGGGAGAAUGUGGAUUCAGGGGAGGUUACUGUGAGGUCAUUAAUCUGGAGCCUCCAGUCAAGGCCAUGCAGGUCAAGUCCAUCUCAGCUAAACUCUGCUCCUCGGUGUCAGGCCAGGUUGCCAUGGAUGUAGUAGUGAACCCCCCAAAACCAGGAGAGCCAUCUUAUGACCUUUUCAUGAAGGAGAAGAACCUUGUGUUGGGUCAGUUAAAACAGAAGGCUGGACUGGUGGCUGAGACCUUUAACUCUAUGGAGAGGCUGUCUUGUAACCCAGUACAGGGGGCUAUGUAUGCCUUCCCCCAGAUUUACAUGCCAGAAGCGGCCAAAGAGGCCGCAAAGAAAAGAGGAAUAUCCCCUGAUGCCUUGUACUGUUUUGACUUGUUGGAAAGCACAGGAAUCUGUGUUGUACCUGGAUCAGGAUUUGGACAAAAACCAGGAACCUUUCACUUCAGGACAACCAUACUUCCUCCUGUUGACAAACUUAAAGAAAUGAUGGAACGUUUCAAGAAAUUCCAUACUGGUUUUAUGCAGAAGUAUAAAUAAGAGUUACAAAUAAAAGAUUGCCCUGUGUGAUGUUCAUAAGAUAUCAGUCAGUAAAAUUCUAAGGUCUGCUAUGAUUGUCACAGCUGUUAAAGAAUGCAUUUGUAAUUUUCUAUAUAUUUGUGCAUGUGUCAUGCAGAGUACUGUAAAAUAUUUUAUAGAAAUAAGUCUUUAACAUUGAUGCUUUAUUUUGUAUUAAAUGUUAUGGAAAUGUUAUCAGUGUGAAAUGUGUGAAUUAUCUGAUAUAUGGUAUAAAUAUUGGGGAUAAUGUGAAUCUCUUUACCAGAUUUUUUUUUUUUUUAAUUAUACAAAAGUUAUCCUCAUAAUAUCAGUCUUGAUUUUUUUUCUUUAUGUAAAUUUCACCAUUUUUUAUUCAAAUAUUAGUGCUGUUUAAUACUAAAUUAUAUUGUUUAAUUCUACAAGUAUACAUACUUACCGGUACAUUUUUAAAGUAACAAAUAUACAUUGUAGUUACAAUGACAGUCAUCUUAAAAAAUUGUUUGGUAACCCUCUCCUGACCGACUGGCUAAAAAUGGUCCGACUUGAAACGUUUUAACCUCCUUGAAACAAUUUUUUUUAUGUACUCUGGAAAAUAUAUUUUAAAAAUUUAGCAUUAGAAUUGAAAUUUUCUGAGAAAAAUGGUUUUCUCACCUUUCUACUGACCUUAUUUUAUUAUCCUGAGUCAGAAGAGGGCAAGCAAACAUUAUUUUAAAGCUGGCCUUACCUUUUUAUUCUUAAAUGUACAAUCCUUGCCAACAUAAUAAAAUAUAUGUAUGUGGCCUAAAUAUAGUCAGAUUUAUAUUAAGUGGAUUAAAAAAAACAUGACAAUGAAGACAUUACACUUAUUGAAGUAAUUUUGAUGCUCUUGAACCAUGUUCAGUCAUUGUUAUUAUUUGUAUUCUAGUUUAUAGAAAAUAAAAAAAAAAUGGCAAAAAAUGGCUUUUUGUCGUAAACAGAAUUUGCAUAAUGUAUUUUUUAUAUUAAAUGCAUAAUUUAUUGUGUGAUAAAAAAUAAUAAAAAAGAUUGUGUAUGUCAUUUGCUAAAAAAUAAUUGUAGGGAAUGUACAAGGAUUGUGUAUCAUUUUAUUAUGUAUUUUUUUUGUUGCCACUUUUGAGGAUUGCAAAGCUUUCUCACAUUUAUGAUAUCUUAGACUAGUGAAUUCCCAUGUGUAUUAAAUAUGCAGAUAAUAUUUGCCUAGUCAUACAGAUAUCACUUGGCCUCACGAGUCUGCCACACAUUUUAAGCACAUUGUCUUUUGUGGAAACUUCUAAUAAACGCUGAUAAAUUUGA